CCUCUCUCUCUACAGGGUGUUGUGGUAAAGAACAUGUCCUUCAAGUUGGGCCAGACUCUGACCAUCACAGUGAUCCCUAACUCUGAAGCAACACAUUUUGUCAUCAACUUGGGCAACAGUGACGAUUACCUCGCCCUGCAUAUGAGCUUUCGCUUCGACGCUCACGGAGACACUCGGACCGUGGUGUGUAACUCCUACCAUGGAGGCAUGUGGUUUGAGGAGCACAAAGAGGCACAAUUCCCUUUCAACCAGGGAGAGAAGUUUAAGACAAAUAUCACCUUCACCAAGGAGCAGUUCCUAGUAGCUCUUCCCGACGGCUUGGUGAUCCACUUCCCCAAUCGCCAAAGAGACGAAAAGUAUAAAUGCAUCGACUUCGAGGGCGAAGUCAGGAUCCAGAGCAUCGAGAUCAUUUAGAGAUGAGUUUUAAGUUAGUUUUAAUGCUGCCAUUCCUAACCAAUGGAUGGAGCCACUAACAGUGAAAUCUACAAGUAAAAUAUAUAUUUUACAAUAGCAGCCCAUUACAAGCUUGGAAGUGUUGAAAUGUGAAAAGUUCCCUGGUAGUUAAAUUAAUAUCAAUUGUUUUAUUGAAGAUAAAUGUGUCUUUCAUUAAUGUGGAACAAUCAUUCCAGAUCAUUCCAGAAGUGGUUUAAGAAAAGUGCAAAAUAUUUGUUAAUUAAAAUGAUUUUUUUUUGAACCAUUUCAGAUUGUAUCUUCCUUUCUGUAAAUGUGUGAUUCUAAUCAGCAUGUUUUCUUUUCGUAAAUGUCUGUGUAGUUAGAUAUCGUUUCUGCAUAAUAGCGCUUUGGAUAGGCUAGUAUUCUUCAGUGACUUUAUUACAUGCAUAACAAGAUGUUAGGCUACAGAUUAAUGAAUGUAGCCUCAUUAUAAAUGCAUUAAAUCAGCGAUG